AUGGCAGGAUUGUUUCGCAAGGUAUACGACUGGCUGCUCAGGACCUUCUGGGCGAGUGAGAUGGACGUGACGAUGAUCGGCUUGGAGAAUGCGGGAAAGACAUCUCUGCUUCGGGUGUUGUCUGGAGGAGAAUUCACCAUCGAUUCUAUCCCUACCGUCGGCUUUAACAUGAAGCGGGUACAGCGUGGUCACGUAACGAUCAAAUGCUGGGAUUUGGGAGGCCAGCCUCGUUUUAGACCGAUGUGGGAGAGAUAUUGUCGCGGCGUGAGUGCGAUUGUUUUCAUCGUUGAUAUAGCAGACGACGCCAAAUUACCUGUGGCGAAAGAUGAGCUUCAUUCCCUCAUGGCGCAGAAGACCCUGGAGGGCAUCCCUCUGCUCGUGCUGGGUAACAAGUCGGAUUUGCCCAACAAGAUAUCGGUCGACGAGCUCAUCGACGCUUUGGAUCUAAAAACCAUAGCGCAUCGAGAAGUCUCCUGCUAUGGCAUAAGUGCCAAAGAGGAGACGAACUUGGAAGCCGUCGUGCAAUGGCUCAUGAAGUGGGCAAACAGAUAA